AUGUCUUAUAGAAACCGAGCCUUGAUCUUCACUAAGAUCCCCUCUGGGUUCCCGCUAUCGGGCGAACAUUUGACAGUUAAAGAUGUUGGGCCAUUCGACACAAAUCAAGAUAUACCAGCCGCCAGCCUUCUUCUGCAGACUCUCUAUAUUUCUUUCGACCCCUAUCUCCGUGCCCUGCUGAGACAUCCCGGCAUCAAAUCAUAUUUUCCGCCAUUGUCCGUCGGCGCAGCAUUGCCAUCACUUUCGCUUGCAAAAGUCUUGAGGUCAACUCUCGAUGGCUACUCCGAAGGCGACGUAAUUCGACACAGCUUGCCCGUGCAGGAAUACAGCGUUUUCACACAAGCUCCACACAGUGACACGCCUCAAAAUUUGGACCUUUCCGACCCCGAUACCCCCAAGGAUCUCCGCCACUGGCUCGGCGUAUUAGGUAUGCCCGGCCUUACAGCGUAUUCGUCACUGUAUGAGAUCGGUAAGCCGAAAAGAGGCGAGACGAUAGUCGUGACCAGCGCUGCUGGCGCUGUGGGCCAACUAGUGGGGCAGCUGGCAAAGCACGAGGGCUUGACUGUGCUGGGCAGUGUGGGCUCGGAUGAUAAGCUGGAAUUUAUCACCAAGGAGCUGGGAUUCGAUGGUGGCUGGAAUUACAAGACGGAAAAGGGGUCUACAAAGGAGAUCAUAGAAAGGUUAACUAACGGGACGGGAAUAGACAUCUUUUAUGACAAUGUGGGUGGUGAGCAGCUCGAGGGGGCUCUUGACACGUUGAACUAUUUUGGAAGAAUCGUCGCCUGUGGCCAAAUAAGUCAGUACAAUAUCGAUGCCAAGGACCGCUAUCCCAUUUACAACACGAUGCAAGUCGUCUCCAAGCGUCUGACGAUGACGGGCUUCAUCGUCAGUGAUGACAACAUGGGACUGAAGUACGCUGCCUCUCACCGGGACAAGGUGAGCAAGUGUUUAAAGGACGGCACCUUUAAAGCUAAGGUCCAUGAGACGGUCGGGAUCGAGAAUGCAGCCGAGGCAUUUAUCGGCAUGCUCAAGGGUGAGAAUUUUGGGAAGGCCGUUCUGAAGAUUGAGGUGUAA